CAUUCUUCUCCUCUCUCAGGACAGUCUCUCCAACCCCCACCAAUUCUCAAACCAAACUCUCUCUCUCUCUCUCUCUCUCUCUCUACAAUUCUCAAACCGACUUUCUCUCUCUACAUUAUUCUCUAUCACGCUCUUUCUCUUCACUCGCCGGUUAAUUCUCCGGCGGCGAAUCUUCAUUUCCGGCGUGGUAAUUGACGAGAUGCAACCGAGCUCGGUGAAGGUAUCGCCGCUCGAACUGAUGACGGCGAUUCUGAAGGGAGAAUCGGACGCCGGCGAGUCACCGGUGGCGGCGAUACUGGAGAACCGGGAGCUUCUGAUGAUGAUACUGACGACGGCCUUCUGGUCGGCCUGCGUAGUGGUGCUGCUGUGGCGGCGCUCUUCCGCCCAUAAAUCGCCGGCGCCGGAACAGUCGAAGCCGGUGACGGUGAAGAAGGAGCCUGAGACGGAGCCGGAAGUCGAAGACGGCAAUAAGAAGGUCACCGUCUUCUUCGGCACCCAAACCGGUACGGCUGAAGGUUUCUCCAAGGCACUUGCUGAGGAAGCAAAAGCCAGAUAUGAAAAGGCCACCUUUAAAGUAGUUGAUUUGGAUGAUUAUGCAGCAGAUGAUGAAGAAUACGAGGAGAAGUUGAAGAAAGAGAGUUUGGCAUUUUUCUUUUUAGCCACAUAUGGAGAUGGUGAGCCAACAGACAAUGCUGCGAGGUUCUAUAAAUGGUUUACAGAGGGUAAAGAGAGAGGGGAAUGGCUUCAGAAUCUUACUUAUGGAGUGUUUGGCCUUGGCAACAGACAGUAUGAGCACUUCAAUAAGAUAGCAAAGGAGGUGGAUGAGCACCUUGCUGAGCAGGGCGGUAAGCGUCUUGUUCCUGUGGGUCUUGGGGAUGAUGAUCGAUGCAUUGAAGAUGACUUCGCUGCAUGGCGAGAGUUGGUAUGGGAGGAGUUGGAUCAGUUGCUUCGGGAUGAGGAUGAUGCAACUGUUGCAACUCCUUACACUGCUGCUGUUUUGGAAUAUCGUGUUGUAUUUCAUGACCGCAUUGAUGCAUCCCUUUUGGACAACAGCUUGAGUAAGGCAAAUGGUCAUGCUGUUCAUGAUGCUCAACAUCCAUUCAGGGCUAAUGUGGCUAUGAAAAAGGAGCUUCAUACUCCAGCUUCUGAUCGUUCUUGCACCCAUCUGGAAUUUGACAUUUCUGGCAGUGGACUUGUAUAUGAAACUGGAGACCAUGUUGGUGUCUACUGUGAGAAUAUAAUCGAAACUGUGGAGGAGGCUGAAAGGUUAUUGGGCUUAUCACCAGAUACUUACUUCUCAAUUCACACUGAUAAAGAGGAUGGCACACCUCUUAGUGGAAGCUCUUUGCCAUCUCCUUUUCCACCAUGUAGUUUAAGAACUGCACUGACUCGUUAUGCAGAUCUUUUGAGCUAUCCCAAGAAGUCUGCAUUACUUGCCCUGGCAGCUCAUGCCUCUGAUUCAAGCGAAGAAGAGCGAUUGAGAUACCUUGCAUCUUCUGCUGGAAAGGAUGAAUAUGCACAGUGGGUAAUUGCAAGUCAGAGAACCCUCCUCGAGGUCAUGGCAGAGUUCCCAUCAGCCAAGCCUCCCCUUGGAGUUUUCUUUGCAUCAGUUGCCCCACGCUUGCCGCCUAGAUAUUAUUCAAUUUCAUCCUCCCCAAGGAUGGCACCAACUAGGAUUCAUGUUACUUGUGCAUUAGUUUAUGAGAAAACAUCAACAGGACGGAUUCACAAAGGAGUGUGUUCAACUUGGAUGAAGAAUGCUGUGCCACAGGAGGAACGCUGUGAUUGCAGCUGGGCACCCAUUUUUGUUAGGCAAUCUAAUUUCAAACUUCCUACUGAUACUAAAGUGCCUAUUAUCAUGAUUGGCCCUGGCACUGGAUUGGCUCCUUUUAGGGGUUUCUUGCAGGAAAGAUUAGCAUUGAAAGAAGCUGGAGCCGAGCUAGGACCUGCCAUCUUGUUCUUUGGAUGUAGAAACCGGAAAAUGGAUUAUAUUUAUGAGGAUGAGCUGAACAACUUUGUCGAAAAUGGUGCGAUUUCUGAGCUGGUUGUUGCCUUCUCACGUGAGGGACCCAGUAAAGAAUAUGUUCAACAUAAGCUGACACAGAAAGCAUCAGAUGUCUGGAACAUAAUCUCUCAAGGAGGGUACAUUUAUGUUUGUGGGGAUGCCAAAGGCAUGGCUAGGGACGUCCACCGAACUCUCCACACCAUCGUGCAAGAGCAGGGAUCUCUGGACAGCUCCAAGACAGAGAGCCUGGUGAAGAAUCUGCAAAUGAAUGGAAGGUAUUUGCGCGAUGUGUGGUGAUUACUCUUUCAUUUCAGCCCCCCUUCACAAAAUGAGGGGAAGAGAUAAAAUUGUGCAAAUUAUAUACUUGCUUAGGCCAACUUACUGGGAUUUUAAAGAAGCAUGUGUGAAGGCAAAGUGGGAAGCCUACCAUCGCCUUCGACUGCUAUAAAAAAAGUGUGAAUGUUGUUAUAGCAGUUGGCUAUUUGAUUCAUUUUAUUCAUCUUGCUCCCAAGUAAAAAAAAAUUUUUUUUGGUUCGUGUAAUUUAUAUACACAACAUUAUAAAUAAAUAAUAGCAAUAAUUUUCAGGUGUAG